UAACAUAUGAGUAGGUAUUUAAUGCUUUGUCCCAUUGUUAGUGUUUUCCAGCUGAUCCAACUCAGGAGAAGAAGGACCACCGCACUUUUUUUUGUGUCCAAUCGAGACGCUGCACUUUUUUCGUCUUUUACAAAUAAAACAUUUGUUUUAUAAAUGUCUUUUUCUUGCAACCAAUCACUGAAUGGUAGUUUUCCUCCGUCUCCAGCGGAGGACCGGGGCUCGCAGAGGCUGUCCUGGAGCAACCUGCUGCAGAGGCUGAUUGAGCUAAAGGGGCUCAAUCAGAGGGCCUCCGCAGAUCAGUACUGCAGGAGUGAAACUGGAUCUGUGGCAGACCUAUCCCUGUCAGAGUCCGACAGUAGCUUCUUCUGUUACCCCCCGGAGGAGGCCCUGGCUGCAGAGGUGGUGGCCACAAUCACACAAAGCCUUAACAAUGCUAGACCCAUCCUGUGCUGCUCCAAACUUAUCAUACCCGACUGUCUAAUACACAACAUCAGCCAAGAGCUGCUCCAUCUGGCCGUCAACGAACCCUGUGGACUGAGGGGAGCCAUGAUCGACCUGUGCGUGGACAAAGGGGAUCAGGGGUUACUGUGCACUGUGGAUCAAAUAGCAGUGGAUCCCACCCUAGUCCCGACCUUCCAUGUGACCCUGAUGCUGAGGCUGGAGACUGGGGGACUGUGGCCCAAGGUUCAGAAGCUGUUCAAAGGUGGCAAGCCCCCAUCUGCAAUGUCUUCGAAGCACCACAAAGCCCUGAGGCUGAGCAGCAGCUUCAGGGCCAUCAGGAGGAAACUGUACAGUUCAGGACAGCUGCUGAUAGAAGAAUGCUGCUAACUCCGGAGCACCCAUGUGCCUUAUUAGAUGAACUUAUUAAUUGCACUGACAUCAGGGUCCUACAACAGUUGUAAUGUGGUAAAUCAAAGGACCAAACUCCCUCUCAUGGCAGCUACUCACCUGAUGGCAGGUGACUCCACAAAAAUGAUUUUUGUAUGAACAUGAGUCAUUUUCUUUUAUAUGAAUGAAUGUGGAUUUCCAUUUUUUAAUGGAAUGUAUUUACUAGCAUUAAAUAUUACCGCCUAAAAUUGUUUUGUACCUCAAAGACCAGAGAAUAAAUUAUUUUCUAUUA